CACUGUAGCUCCGCUGCAGUGCCGUUUCCAGCAGCAGCCAUGGCAGCUCCCAGCAGGAAGCAGACGUUACGGUUUCUCAGCCAGCUGGGAGCUUUUAUUUUAACCCGGUUUGGAUUUUGGAACUGUUUUAGUAUGUUAAUGCUGUUUGCUGAACGAGCGGACUCGAAAAGGUAACAAAGAAUGAAUGAAACUAUCACUUUUAGACGCCCAACGUUAGCGGUGUGCUAAGUAAAGCUAACCUAGAGAUAAAGAUGAUCUGGAUCAGUGUGGUUUUAUCGUCGCUUUAAUACAUGUUAGUGUCAAUGUAGUGUCUUUCCCUUAAAUCUCUUCGUGAAAAGUGUGAAUAUAAAAAAGUUAGUAGUUUAUAAAUGACAUGUAAGUAACCACAGUCAGAGAGCUGCAGCUGUCUGGAGUGGUUCAGACAUCAUUGAGAGGUUAUUUUCAGACUCCUCUUUCAUUUUUCUGCCUUGAUGAUGAUGAGGGCUGUAAUUUUAAUCAGCUGGAAAAAAAGAAACCCUGGUUCUAACCUCCUGUGUACACCUCCUGUGGGUGUUUUGUUUCAGCCUGUGGUGGGCUGAUCUCUCUUAUAGACAACCACACCCUCUGAAAUAAUCCUGUCAUUAUGUCCUAACCUCAGGAGAAGAUGGUUAGAGAGUCAACAAACACUAGUUCCUCUGUCUUAUAUCGACUGUUAGUCAAAUACAAGUGUAGGGCUGGGCAAUAAAUUGAUAAUGAUAUAUGUCAUGGUAGCAUGUACUGAGUCGGGGCCAGUACCAGAUAAGCACAUUAAACUAUAAUCUAUAAACGUAAGGUAACAACCGAGACCUAAUGGUGCUGUGACAGCAACGCAAUUGAGUUUAUUGAGUAAUAUGAAUGAACACCAAUUUGAUCCCUCUAUACAGCUAUAGGGCAAAUUAACUUUUCAAAAUGAAAUAUAGAAACAAAUAAAUAUCAUACAAUAAAUUUUAGGAUAAGAAACCCUAACAGCUUUUAUCAGACCUGCCAGUUUGUUCACUUUCACUCUGUGCCUUUCUAAGAUUAUUAAAGCCGACGUCGAGCUGAAAGUGUUGAAAAACAUGUCUGAAUGAACAUUUUUAAACUAUUAAUUUCACGUGAUUAAUUAGAAUAGAUUCUCUAAUAUCCAUGGCAACAGCUGCAAGUGAUUCACAUCAAACACCAUGAGUUUCUUCAGAGUUUUUGCCUCCUGUCUGCUCUUUAUCACGCUGUUAUAGAUCAGUGUGAUACUGACGAAAAACAAAACAUUACCAUUAUCAAGGUAACAUUCCACAGGGUUCGAUAUAACUGUCUUUUUAUUGUCAUUUUCAGGAAGCCAGACAUCCAUGUACCGUACCUGUAUGUGGACAUGGGUGCUGCAGUGCUCUGCGCCAGCUUCAUGUCCUUCGGAGUGAAGAGGAGGUGGUUUGCGAUGGCUGCUGCCAUCCAGCUGGCUGUCAGCACUUACGCUUCGUAUAUUGGAGAACAGGUUUACUACGGGGACUGGCUGAAGGUGAGUCAGCUGCAUUUUUAACCAGCGUGUCAGUUAUUGUAGGAGCACUCCACUCAGCUUUCUUCAUUCAGACUGUUCAAAACGCUGUAAAAUCAGAUGAAGUUGGCUCGGUUUGGUGUCUGUCACACAUAAUCUGACACUGAUGUGUUUUAUUAUUAUUAUACUUUGUGGAAGUUUUGAGCCUGAGCUGUGUUUCCCUGCAGGUCCGGAUGUACUCCAGAGCGCUCGCCAUCAUCGGAGGUUUCCUGAUUCUGUCCAGCGGGGCAGGGGAGGUGUACAGGCAGAAAGCUCGCAGCAGAUCCCUGCAGUCUACAGGACAAGUCUUCCUGGGGGUCUACCUCAUCUGUAUGGUAAGACCUGUUUUAGUUUGACGACCACCUCACUAUCAUUCAGACUCGUGAUGUUGUCGGAACUAACACAGAGUUGUCACAUGACUAUUAAUCGAAAAUCUACUCCAGACCUGACCUGAAGUUUCCAUAAAAGCCAUAAAACAGAUGAUACAUUCUGUAAAAUUAAAAUUUUUUUAGUUUUGUUUUGUUUGUUUUUGAUCAUUUCUUAGACAAAACAACAUUUUACAGGGUUCCUACGCAAGUAUGGAAAUAAAUUUGAUUUCCAGGUCUUAAAAAGUAUGGAAAAUUAAAAAUAAAGUGUGGAAAAAUAUUUGUGUUUCCAGACUAUUACCACAGUUCUAAAAUACUGUUUUCUAAAAUGGAUAUUUGGAUAUUGGUAUUUCUAAAAAGUUUGGUAUGGAAAAGUAUUGAAAUUCCAACUGUGUAGGAACCCUGAUUGUAAAACCGCACCUUGAACCCUGUGAAGCUCAUUUUGUGCAGCUUUCUAACAUUUUUAGGCUAAAUUUCUUUCAGGAUAGUUAUCUUGUUCUCAGGGUAAUCAUGAAUAAUAUAGUUCUGCUUUCCUGUCACUAGGUGUACUCCCUCCAGCACAGCAAAGAGGACCAGCAGGCCUAUCUGAACCACAUUGUUGGAGGAGAGCUCACUCUGAUCCUACUGGAGGUCCUGUUCGGAGUCCUGGCUCUGGCCUUCCUCUCCGGCUGGUACAUCCGCCUGGCCGCUCAGAUCCUGUCCACAGUCCUGCCCCUGGUGAUCCUGCUCAUCGACGGGAACUUAGGCUACUGGCACCACACGCGCAAGGUGGAGUUCUGGAACCAGAUGAAGCUGAUCGGACAUAACGUGGGCAUCUUCGGGGCGGUGCUGAUCCUUGCUACGGACGGGUGAACACCCUUCAGGCUGUCACAGAUACUUUGAACAGGUCCGAGCGUCCGCGCAGGAUGACUUUGACGAGCUUCAACGUCACAGCCUGACUUUUGUGAUGGAGGCUGGUGCAGCUCGGCGAUCUCUCAGGAUUCAGACACUUCAAACUGAGACUGUUGGAUGUGAGCAGCAGUGAUUGUUUUUGCCUUCCAGUUGAUUAUUUCUGCUUUUGCAAGUAAAAAGAAAAAGAAAAAAAAUUGUAGCUUCUUUUUUUGCAAUUUUAUAAUUUAUUCAGAUACAUGUUUACAUUUUUGUCUACACUACGGGGAGCUCAUUUUACUCUGAAAUGAAAGUCUUAAACAUUUUAUGUUCGACAAAGUUGGUUAAAUUUUUUUUGAUAAUAAAGGGAAAUAAAAUUCAGCUGGUGGAGUUCUGGUUUUGGAGUAACACACCCAGUUGUUUGUGUUACUUUAAAGGUCCUUACACACCAGGAGUGUUUUUUUCGUGCGAUUAUUUCGGACGUCAAUAUUUCUUUUUCGAACCCGUAUCCUGUCAAUACAAGCGUUCACAUCAGCAACGUUUUCCCGUCCUGCGAUAUUGCGGCAUUAAUUUUUUCAGAUCAUGGUCGAUUUUUCUAAAGUUUCGCAUACUGUGUGACCACUUCUGACCAAUCAGAUUUCACGACCGGCUGAUUGUUUAUGAUCGUUUACACAAAAAUUACGAUAACGACCUGAAGGACAACUUGUGGAGAGUCAUAGUGUCGGAUUUCUCAUAUGACGAUGUUUUGUGUGCUUUAACAGUUUGAUAAUCAUCUUAACUUUUAUCUGUGCUAACGUAAGCUAACGGUUGUUAACAUAGUUUCAUGUGCUUAUCUGUUACUGGUCCUGACUCAGUAUAUGCUAUCAUGACAGAAAGCCAUCUCAACACUAGUGUCUAGUCCUCUGCCUUUUCAAACUUGGAGCUAAUUGUUUCAGCAGAACUUCAAAUUGUCCAACGGACAUCCGAAAAUAGGUUCUGAAGCGACUGUGGUACAAUUUCAGCUCCUGAACCAAGCGGUUAAACUCACAAGUUCUCUUCUUUAUUGUAAUAUUGGAUGCACCCAUGUGCUACGUUUCUUUUUCUUUUGAGAAAGCAAAAGAAGCACCAAUUUGCCACCACUUGAAGUCGAAGUAGACUCCAUUUUUGUCUUCUCGUUUCCACCCGGGACGCUGUAGUAAGGGAAGGUCCCGCCCUCCUUCACCUCUGAUUGGCUAUAAGUGCUGACCAUUUGGCUUGAGCGUGUGAUGACUCCGAAUAUUACGUAAUUUAGCGUUCUAUAUUCACGACGGCCCCGGUGUGUGAGGACCUUUAAGCUGUGAAUUUCAUUAAAUUGAAGACAUUCAGCUUUUUACCUGCUGUGUCAAUUCUGUUCACAUUUAUAUGAAAAAGUGCUGAGGAGUAUUGUCAGUGUACAAGUAUUUUCAUCAUUAAAGAUGUCUUUAUUUCAUUCUGAA